AUGCUUAUUGAAGAGUAUCUUAAUACCAUUGAAACUGCUCCUAGACUAGUUCAGAGUACUUUAACUGCUCUAAUGGAGUUAGAACGGUCUAUUCAAGAAGAGAAACUUGUUUUAGAACGAGAAACAACUGCCUUAUUUACUUCUAUUGAUAAAGAAGCAGAAGGUUUAGCUAUCUACAAAGAAAGCAUUGAUAAACAACUACAAAGAAUCAAUCAUUGCUAUAUCAAAAUACUUGAUACGGAUAAACAAAAGCUUCUUCUUUUAUCUUCGUUACAAAAAGGUCUAGAAAGUACGUCUGAUAUAAUGAAGGAAGCUUCAGGAGAGUUUAAAGAGAGUAUUGCUAGUGAUUCUCUUUCUCUAAAACUACAACGUAUUCUUAGUCAUCUUGAUCAUACGAUUGAGUCGGAUCCACUUGAACAGCAACAGUCCUUGCCUUGUUGUACUUGUAAUAGACCGGCUACUGGUGAGAUAGUUGCUUGUGAUAAUCCGGGCUGUCCCGUGGGGUGGUACCAUUGCACCUGUGCUGGGCUUAAGUCUUUGCCUAAGAAGCGAUGGUUAUGCUCUAUUUGUAGUACAGAAGGUGAAUAA